AUGUCUGAAUACCAUCACCAUCACCAUCCCCAUCAGCAGCAGCAGCAGCCGCAACAGCAACAGCAACAGCAACAUCAUGUGCAACGGGAUUGGAGUCAGCACGAGAGGGAGUACUACGCCUCUCUGUCUGAUUUUAGGACGUUUCAGCAACCUCUCCCUCAUCCGAAUCAUCACCACGGCCAGUACCCGUACCCUUCGCCAAUCGGCGAAGGUCCUCGAGGUUACCUCGCAGGCCCUGCAGGCACCUUGGUGGCUCCAAGCACCCAAGGACACCCGCAGACUGCCGAAUUCGGCGGAACUCGGGACAUGAGUCCAUUGGACUCUCCCGUCUUGACUUCGAUCAACGCUUUACCUAGCCUGCCCGCCGCCCCUGCUAUCCUUCCGGCCCAGGCUGCAACUCCUACCUCUGCUCCUGGCAACCCUCCUGCCAACCAGAACGUUCGCUGGUAUGAGUGGAUGGAGGAUCUCCUUGCCGACCUCCUUGUUGCGGAGGUGAAGGUCACACGCAACAAGGUCACCAUGGGCAUGCCCGUAUUCUCCAAGAUUGCCAACCUGAUCAAUGAAGCGAUGGACGCUCGAACCGACCCCACGCCCAAUGGGAGAUUGGAUGGUAUCAAGGUUAAGAACAAGACAGGAAUCUUGACGGCAGAAUUCUACAAGCCUCUCGAGCGGAUGAGGAAGAGGUCGGGCUGGGGUUGGGAUCACCAGCUGCAUCGUCCCCUUGUUGAUGACGAGGCGUUCGAAGACUACGUCAAGCACUGGGUCGGGACCCCAACCGUGUCUCAAAUCAGACGUCUGCGAGACAAUGGAUGGCGGCUCUACCCCAAGUGGAAGAUCAUCCGUGAAGGUCAUGGAGCUACGGGUGAUUUUGCCUUCCGGGGUGGAGCUCCGAUCCCUUCCCAACCCGAACCUCCUGCCGGAGAGGCGGAAGAAUCGGCCAGCGAAGGUGAAGCGAACAGUCAGCCGCAGGGUACUCCCCAACGUCCCCACAGCAGCAGGAGCCGGGGCAGGGGUGGAUCGUCUUCCGCUGGAUCAAUUGCUUCGAUGAGCAAUCGCCGACGCGAUGAGGAUCAGCCCGACUUUGCUUCCCUUGGCAAGACGUUUGUUGAACAGCUGGCAUCAGUCACUCAGCAAGCAACUUCGCAGAUCUUGACUCGUGGUUCCGCUUUGCUCAAGGAGGAUAUCGCAGCCAUGGAAAUCAGCGUGGUCGACGCUCGGAAACUUCGCCUCCGUCUCGCCAAAGACCGUACGCUGGCCGAGUCUUAUGCCCAUCAAUCCGAAGAAGACCGCCGGGAGUUGCUACAAGCAGUCUUGGAAGAUCUACAGGGCUGA